GCUCCGAGCCGGGCCGGGAGCGAUGGUGCCGGGGCAGUGAGGGAGGAAGCCGGUAGCCGAGCAGUCAGGGGACCGAGGAGGGGGGCGGGGCAGGCGGGCGAGGCCGCAGCGAGACGGAGCCGGCCCCGGUCUCAGCCGUGGCCCUGGCGGGCGGUGGGGACUCGACCCCGGGCGGCAGCGGCGGCGGCAUGUCGGGCCAGAGCGCGGUGAGCGACCCCCAGCACGCCGCCCGCCUGCUGCGGGCCCUCAGCUCCUUCCGCGAGGAGAGCCGCUUCUGCGACGCGCACCUGGUGCUGGAGGGCGAGGAGAUCCCGGUGCAGAAGAACAUCCUGGCGGCCGCCAGCCCCUACAUCAGAACAAAAUUGAACUAUAAUCCUCCAAAGGAUGAUGGAUCUACAUAUAAGAUUGAACUUGAAGGGAUAUCUGUCGAAAUCAUGAGAGAAAUACUGGAUUACAUCUUCAGUGGGCAGAUCAGGCUAAAUGAAGACACUAUCCAAGAUGUUCUGCAGGCAGCUGAUCUCCUGCUUCUUACAGAUCUUAAAACCCUCUGCUGUGAGUUUUUAGAAGGUUGUAUAGCUGCUGAGAACUGUAUUGGUAUUCGGGACUUUGCACUGCACUAUUGUUUGCGUCACGUUUAUUACCUUGCCUCGGAGUAUCUGGAAACUCACUUCCGAGAUGUCAGCAGCACAGAGGAGUUCCUGGAACUGAGUCCCCAAAAACUGAAAGAAGUGCUAUCCCUGGAAAAGCUGAAUGUUGGAAAUGAAAGAUAUGUAUUUGAAGCAGUAAUUAGAUGGAUCUCCCACGAUUCAGAAUUAAGAAAGGUUCACCUGAAGGAUGUCAUGUCAGCAGUGUGGGUUUCAGGAUUAGAUUCAACUUAUUUGCGUGAGCAGAUGAUGAGUGAACCACUGGUACGGGAGAUUGUCAAAGAAUGUAACAACAUUCCACUCACUCCACCACAGCAGGGGGAGGCAAUGUUAGCUUCUUUCAAACCCAGAGGUUAUUCUGAGUGUAUAGUGACUGUUGGUGGUGAAGAAAGAGUGUCACGGAAACCAACAGCUGUGAUGCGAUGCAUGUGCCCUCUUUAUGAUCCUAAUAGGCAACUCUGGAUUGAACUUGCCCCUAUGAGUAUUCCAAGAAUCAACCAUGGAGUACUCUCGGCAGAAGGAUCUUUGUUUGUACUUGGAGGUCAAGAUGAAAAUAAGGAAACUCUGAGCUCUGGAGAAAAAUAUGAUCCUGAUACCAAUUCAUGGAGUUCCUUGCCACCAAUGAAUGAGGCACGACAUAAUUUUGGUUUGGUAGAGAUUGAUGGAAUUCUCUAUAUUCUGGGAGGUGAGGAUAGAGAAAGGGAGCUAUGCUCUAUGGAGUGCUAUGACAUUUAUAACAAGACUUGGACCAAGCAGCCAGAUCUGACCAUGGUUAGAAAGAUUGGCUGUUAUGCAGCUAUGAAGAAGAAAAUCUAUGCCAUGGGUGGAGGCUCCUAUGGAAAACUGUUUGAAUCUGUUGAGUGUUACGACCCUAGGACUCAGCAAUGGACAGCCAUCUGUCCACUAAAAGAGAGAAGAUUUGGGGCAGUGGCAUGUGGAGUUGCCUCAGAGCUUUACGUGUUUGGUGGAGUCAGAAGUCGUGAUGAUAAUCAGGCCAGUGAGAUGGUGACAUGCAAAUCUGAAUUUUAUCAUGAUGAGUUUAAAAGGUGGAUUUAUCUAAAUGAUCAGAACUUAUGCAUCCCAGCCAGUUCUUCCUUUGUGUAUGGAGCUGUACCUAUUGGGGCCAGUAUUUAUGUCAUUGGAGAUCUUGAUACAGGUACCAAUUAUGACUACGUUAGAGAGUUUAAAAGGAGCACAGGAACUUGGCACCAUACUAAACCAUUAUUUCCAUCCGACCUUCGCCGCACUGGCUGCGCAGCCUUGCGGAUUGCAAACUGCAAGCUUUUCCGACUGCAGCUUCAGCAAGGAUUGUUCCGUAUUCGUGUUCCUUCCCCAUGAGUAAUCCUCUAAAAAUGGAGGAGAUGGGAAGAACCUGACACAGUCCACCAUAACAUAGCUUUAUAUAAGGAAAAACAAAGCUAUUGCAACUGAAACUUACAUUAUAUGCUGUGCUUUGGUAUGGUAUCUGUUUUUGUUUGUUUUAAAAUGCUUAAAAACUCGAGUCUCAGCUCUUGUUUGGGGGAUAAAUAGCUGUAUAUUAAACAAAAAAAAUACCAUGACAAAGGGAACACCUUCAGUUCUAACUAUCUAAAAAAUUAAACUACACUAAUGAAGGAGUUCCUUGUGUCUGAAGCAGGAAGGAAUGGGUAAUAUAACAAAUUGUAUUGAAAAGUAAAAAAAAAUUAAGGUGCAUUUCCCCUGAGGGGAAUUGAUAAGAGUUAGCAUGCUAUCUUCAACUGGAUAGCUUUAGUACAUAGAUAGGCUGUAUGAAAACCAGCCUCUCUGGUAUACUGCAAGACUGUUCUUCAUCUGAAUCAGCUGGAGGGAGAUAUUGGUUAUUGCACCUUUAUUUCUAGCCCUUUCUCACUAGUCAAGGUCUGUGCCUACAAGGGUGGAGGUGUACAUAUGUUUUUCAUUCAUUUCCGAGGUUUUCAUUCCUAAGGAUCUUUUAAAUAUAUUUAAAAUUGAACUAAGAGUUACACUAUAUUAUAGACGUGUAAAUUGUUUUUCUACACUGUGUCAUUCAAAUGGUCUGAAGAUUCCAUGUAUUGGUGGGCCAGCAUGCAUUCUUUGUGUGGAUUUUGGAAGCUGCAAUUACUGAAAUAGAUGGAAGGACUGAGGCGUGAAAUAUGUCACACCUUUACUGUGGCUGGUAAAGGAAUGCAGCACAUGCGUUGCUUUUCAGAGAGAAAUAGGACUCCUUUUCCCUUCAGAUGACUUAAAAAUCACUGCAAGUUUGCCGUGCUGAGGACGUGUAUUUGUGCAAAAGGGGAAAAGGAAAGGUGGGGCAUUAAAAAGGAUAUAUAUGUAUUGUGGAAAACUUGAUUUCAGGUUCCUGUUUUAAAGGAAAUUGUACAGGUAACUUAUAUUGGGAUCAGAAGCUGGUUUACUGAUGAUCUCUGUGCUAAGGUACAGAGUCUUGAUUACUGCUGUUUGGCUUUGAAAGCUUGUUUUAGAAUGCAGUUGUAGUGAAGAAUUUGUUUUAUGGCUUUUUCCUUUUAAGUCUUGUUAACACUGCGAGUAAUUUUUAAUUGAGUUAUGUUAGUAGGAAAGAUCUGCUGGUAGAACACACUUUACCUCAUUACUUAAUUUCAUUUUUGUUACUUGUGAUGGGUGACACACAACACUAGGGGGGAAAAAAAAAAAAAAAAAAAAGAAAUGGAGCUGGAAACUUAUCCUUAUCUCCACCCUAAAAAGACUCUUCUAAUACUUUGUAGUGUUGCUGGUACUGUUACAAGACACUAUUCUUUCCACUCUGAAACUUUGAAGGACCUCAACCAAAAAUCAGUGGGCCAGGUUUUGCCCUCCGUUAUACACGUAUAAAUCCAGAUUAACUCCUUUGAUCCAUUCUAAGUAAUCUUCUCAAAUAAAGACCACAACUAGAACAAAAUAGCUAUGGUUCAACUAUCUAAAUUUUCCUUGAUGAAACAUUCCAAGAUUUACUAAUUUUCAUCAUUCUGUAAUGGUAACAGAAUAAUCCAGUUAAAUCAAUAACUGCAGGUAGAAUCUAGUCCCUUGAUUUUUGUAAUGCUGAAGUGCUGCAGAAUCUGAACUGUAUACAGUAACCUAUUUUUAAUCAGUAUGUUUUUAAUAGUUUUUUACACAUUGUAGUAGAAAUUUACUUGACUUAGUAUUUGUCUUUAGAUUUGUUAUAUUAUGCUUUAUUACAAAAAUGUAAGCUGCUGUUUUCAUCUUUAGAUUUUGUGUUGAAAAAGUUUUGUAAAGAUUCCCAUUUUUUAUAAAUUAAAGGCUUAAGGUAAAAUGUUCAAAAUCACAUAAGUUCUGUUUUCAAAAGUAAUUUAUUCAUUUAGGAGCCUAAGGCCCUGGUCUUCAUUUAAAAUUAGAUCAACCCAGCUACAUUGCAUAGUGGUGCUGUGAAAAAUUGUGUGCACAGUACAACGUAGUUAGGUUGACCUAACCCCAGGUGUAGAAGCAGCUAGGUCAACAGAAGAGCUUUGUGGUGACUGCCUAGUGCCUCUCAAAGAGGUAGAUUAACUAUAUUCACUGAAAAACCCCUUCUAUUGAUAUGGGAAGCAUCCACACUUCAGCGGCCAGAGCUAUACCACUAUAGCGGCUGUGUGUAGACAUGCUCUAAGUCUAAAGAGCCUAAGUACCCAAGUCACUUUGAAAAUGAAUUUUGGCUCCUAAGUAAUGUAGAUGCUUUUGAAAACUUUAUCUAAUAUCUUGCAAGAAGUACCUCCUGAGAACUGAAGUUAGAGCUACUGGCAUUCAUCGCCCAGCAAGACUGGGUAGUAAAUGCACAAAAUAAAUUUAAAUAAAUCCCAAAUUCUGUGUGCUCUGGCCAUGUUUUAUGGCAAAAGUUAAUAAGUAAAAUGUUAGUUUACAUUUAAUGAGGUAAAGUAGGAUUAACAUUAGGGUUAUUUUUGCAUUUUCUAAAAAAGGAAAAUAAAUAAAAUAAUCGUCUUGUGUAGCUAAAAUACUCUGUUGGAUUUGACAGAGGAGUAUAAGCCACUUAUUCUGAAACACCUACACACGUUUAACUUUAAGCAUGUGAAUAGUUCUAUGAGCUACUGCAGGAUUGGGGCCUAAAUUCUUUGAACCAAUAAUUGUACAUUUAAGUGUACAGCUAACUAACUUACUGUGUACACAGUGCAUGCGUUAAGGAAAAUAUCUAUCAUGCAUGCUUAGUAUGCAGUUUUUAAAUGGUUGUGUCUUGAAUCAAAUAUUUUUUGUAAAAUUAAAGGCCUUCGUGAGAAUUGUUUUGGGUCAAGUUUCAAACUUCAGCCAUUUUUGUUUUAGCCCAAUCUUUUUUUUUUUUUUUUUUUUUUUUAAAUGGGAAUAGUGGUGGUUUGUGUUUCUUUCCCUUAGGUUGAACUUGACAAUAAAUAAAUAGAGGAUUUUGUUCACUUUACCCAAAAAAAAAUUUGCCUUAAGGUGGAGCCCCAGAAUUGAGAUCUUCAGAAUAAAAUAUGAAUGUUUUGGCAAGUUAUUAAAAUAAAUCAAUAAAAAUAAAAAGGGGUUAAUGGUUCUGCAACCUUAAUCAUAGUGGCACUGUCAUAUUCCUGGUUUAAGAAUGUAAGCCUGUGGCUUCUUUGCUAGAGGGGUAGAGGAAAAGUUCAAAACCAGAAAUAACUAGUACAGUGCGUGGUUUCUGAUAAAGUUUUGCUGUGAGGACUCUGGCAAAGGUUAAAGAAAGAUCCACCUGGCACCAUUUCCUCCCCAGCCAACCAGCGUGGCAUCAGUGUAGUAACCAGUCUCUGGUCUUUUAAGCCUGGGAACCCAAGUCUGUUUCUACACAUUGUAUAAUCACAUGGGAAAUUUGUGCUGCUGAACAUCCAAUGCUAGAUUGGAUUUCAAAUUCACAACCUCUUUGCUUGUUUACCCUUUAUACAGCUCUAGUUAAGAGUCCUCUGCUUAACUAUAGCAAAACAGGUCAUUUCUCCUUUUAAUAUUUUACCAGCAACAGCACAUGAUUUAUCCUGACAAUGCCGUGUCAACUUGUCCUCAGUCAAGAGACUUGCAGUAGCCCUGAAGCUCUCUUUAAAACUAACAAGAAAAGAUGAAGAAUCUGGAAGUUAAUCCCAAUUUUUAAAAUCUUAUUUAUUAAUCACUGCAGACACACUUGGUUCUGUGUGCCUGUGGAAUCAUAAUACUCAAAAGCACGUUCAGACACUGUCUUAUGAGUCGGAGUUAUCACUGAAAAUAUAAAAGGUGGACAUUCAUCAAAGCUACUGCAGUCCUUAACUUUACCUUUAUGCAUUGGGUUCCCCUUCCAAAAAAUCCCAAGCAGUUUAGUUUCCAUUAGAGAUGUUAGUAAUAUUUCAAAGGAGUUAAGUGGUAGUACUUUUUUUAUUUUAUUUUAUUUUUUUUAAUAUUUCUUGUGCUUGCAUGUCUUGGUAAUUGCACAAUGGUACAAAAGUGAAUUUUUAUGUUUUAAGUGCAGUUUCUCUAUUCAGUAGUUCCAUAAAUAUACAGUCUAUACAGAAUGAUUGAUUGUUUUUGGUAUUAUGUGUUUGCCAUACACGGUGUAGUAUGCAAUAACAAAAGGAAAGCUGUUAUAAGUGCCAAACUUUUGGUUUUCUCUCUAUAUACAGGUAAUACACUAUUCUUCUGUUACAGGGAUGUUUAAAAUUCACUGUGUUUUUAAAAAAAAAAAGUGAUUUUUUUUUGUAAAUUAAUGCUACUUUUAAACACUGUAAAUCUCUUUAUUAUUUUAAAUACUGUUCUGCAGGUUUGUGUUACUCUACAUUGCUGCCUUGAAACAUCACUCCAUGUGAUGCAUAUGGUCACUCUGCUCUUUAUUAGGGCACUAGUUACAUGCAUGUAAAUAAAAAAUGGCAGCUGACAAUAAUAAUAUUUGGAUAAAGUGCAAUUCAUUUUAACUAAUCUCGCCUGCAGAAGGAAGGUUGCGUCUCAGGUUAAGUCACAGCAAAUGUGAGUAUUAACAGGGACACAGAUGUACUCAUAGGCUACAGUUCCUUCUAUUGUAACCAAUGUGUAUUCUUGUGCCACUCUCAAUGACACUUUUCAAGGAGUUUUGUGUUGUUGCAUUUAAUUUAGGAUAAGGAUAUUGACAUAUUAAGCAUUCUGUCUGGGUUUCUCUUAAGUUUAUUUUGUUCCUGAGCUGCGUGUAUAAAUUCUG